AUGCUUGAACACGACAACUACAUUGCUACUAUUUUGGAUGAUUAUUUCAAACGACAGCAACGAGCUCUAACGGAAAUGAUGGUACCGGGUUUUACCGUCACGGACAACCCCUUCGAGAUUGAGAUUCAAAUGUUGAUUCUAGAGUUCAUGCUGCAAGUACGACUCCCCGAGCCGUACACAAACGCACAGUCGCAAGGAUCGACAGUGCCUAUUGUAUACGUGCAGUUAUCAUAA